CAGGACCUUGACUUACUAAUUUUGUUUUUAUAACUAAAACUCGUUGUGAUUAUCCCAAAUAAAAUAUCCGGCACUUGAUAUAUAUACACACACACACGUUGUUUUUCUUUGUAUACUCCAAGCCAUCUCCCCCUCCUUCUCACCUUAAGCUUUUUUCAAUUUUCUCGUAAUUCUUCAAUGGAGUCUAAGCUUCAGCAGCCUUGGUGGCUGCUGUCUAUCUGGUCUUUGUUGGUCUUGAACCUGCAAAACGGGGUAAAUGCAGAACCCCAAGUGCCCUGCUACUUUAUUUUCGGCGACUCGUUAUCUGAUAGUGGGAACAAUAAUGACCUUCAAACGUCGGCCAAAGGGAACUAUCCACCUUACGGGAUUGACUUCCCUAAAGGACCAACAGGAAGGUUUAGCAAUGGCCGAAACAUGCAUGAUGUUCUUGUUGAACUUCUUGGUUUCGAAGAGUAUAUUUUUCCCUACGUUCAAGCCGAAGGGAAGAGCAUUCUCAAAGGUGUGAAUUAUGCGUCUGGUUCUGCCGGCAUUCUCGAUGAAACUGGAAGCCAUCUGGGUGCUCGAGUAUCCAUGAACGAACAGAUAAAAAAUCACAAAACUGUAAUCUCAAGAAUUAGUAAGAUUUUGGGGAAUGAUUCAUCUACAAAGAAGCUUCUAAGUCAAUGCAUUUAUUCGGUUCAAAUCGGUGGCAACGACUUCACUAACAAUUAUUUCAAGCCAAAGUUCUAUAAUACCAGCCGCCAAUACAGUACUCCAGACGAAUUUGCUGCGGUGCUCGUUGAACAAUAUUUAAAGCAAAUAAAGGCUUUGUACGACAAUGGAGCAAGGAAGUUUGCCCUGUAUGGGUUGGGGGAGAUUGGUUGCACUCCAGAUGCAAUUGCAACGUACAAACCCAAUGGCUUUCUCUGCGCAUCGGAGUUAGACAAUGCUGCCACGGUUUUCAAUUACAGACUUAUGCCACUUGUCAAGGAACUUAAUGAUAAACUAACCGAUGCUAAAAUUAGCUAUCUUAAUCCUUCUCCAAACCCAGCUUAUGUUGCACCAUUUGUGACGAGUGGUUUAUGUUGCAAAACUGGGGGUGGUGGUGGAGAGCUUUGUAUUCCUGAUUCAAUCCCAUGCAGUGACCGAAGCCAGUACGCGUUUUGGGACGGUAUCCAUCCUACUGAUGCUUGGAACGAACUCAUUGCCAAAAGUGCCUACCAGACCCAUUCCCCCAUCGAAGCUUAUCCAUUUAACAUUCAGAAAUUAGCGAAGCAAUAAACCAAUAUCAAAGUCACGAAUCCUUGUCAUGGGGAGCAUGGGAUUUAGGAGAUGGGAAAAAGUUGUCUUUAAUAAUGACAAAUGAAACGCAACAAGCAAAUGUACUUUUACUCUGCUUUACCCGAAAAAAAAAAAAUCUAAUAGUGAAAGAAACAAAUGAAAUCUUUAAUAAUAAUAAAAAAAAAGAAGC